CUUCCGGAAACCGGCGCUUCCCAACCCGCUGGCUUCCGCCGUCGGCCGCCGCGACCGUUCGCCUCCUCCGCCGCCGGCAACACCCACAACCCAGCCUCCUCUCGUCCUCCGCCGAAGGUCACCGGAAACCACCCUUUCCACGACCUUCCAUCUCCUGCAGCCAGAUCUGCAUCGCAACUCCCUGUCUUCCGCGGAAGGCCUUCUCCGACCCCUCGCCUCCACCGUUAUCCGCCCCUUCUCUGAAGCAGGCUAUAAAAAUGGGCAGAUUCUCAAAGCGGCCAAGAAAACAAGAAAGUGACAAUAGUUUGCAAGAUGAAAGUGAAGAAGAGAUUCUAAAUAUAGAGAAUGAAUAUGACAAUGAUGACAACGAAUAUAGUGGUGACAGUGAGGAGGAAAACACGGAUAGUGAAGAUGGUGCCGGGCAAAAUGAUAACCAAAGAGAUGGUGAGAUGGAAGAUCUCAACAAAGAAUUGACUGAUCUGCGUCAACAGGAGCAGGGUAUAUUGAGGAAUCUGAAGCGCCAGAAGGAUGAGGAUCUGCUGAAAGGUCAAGCAGUCAAAAACCAGAAGGCCCUCUGGGAUAAGACUCUUGAGUUGCGAUUCUUGCUGCAAAAAGCAUUCUCAAAUUCAAAUAGACUCCCAAAGGAGCCUGUUAGAUCUUCAUUUUGUGAUUCAGACAGUAAAGUGAAUGAAGCCUAUUCAGAGUUGAUUACCUCAUCUAAGGAGACUUUGGAUUCUUUACUGGAGUUACAGGAAGCGUUACUGGAGAAGAAUCCCUCCAUUGCUCAAGAGAAAGAUGGUAACUCUGGGGAACCACUCAAACAUUUAGCAGCUUCUAGUGGGCCUACUGAAGAAGAUGAAGAAUGGUCUCUGAUUUCUGAAAUGCAUGCAAGAAUAGCUUCUUUUAGGGACAAAUCUAUAGAUAGGUGGCAGAGAAAGACACAAGUGACAACCGGUGCUGCUGCCUUUAAAAGCAAAUUGCAUGCAUUCAACCAGAAUAUUAGUGAGCAAGUUGCUGCUUAUAUGAGAGAUCCAAGUAGAAUGAUAAAGGGAAUGCAACAAAACCAGUCAACUGUUGCUAUAUUUGGGACUGUUCCAGAAGCAGAGAGCAAUACUGCAGAACAGGAAUUGAGAGCGAAUGGUGACCCAGAGCUGUUGGAUGACUCUGAAUUUUAUCAGCAAUUACUGAAGGAAUUUUUUGAGACAUUUGAUGGGACAACAUCUGAAACAGCCUUUUAUGCUAUCAAGAGAAUGCAAACAAAGAAAAGGAAAAUCGUUGACCGACGGGCCUCAAAGAGUCGCAAGAUCAGGUAUCAUGUGCAUGAAAAGAUUGUUAACUUCAUGGCUCCUCAGCCUAUGAGCCUUCCGCCAAUGGCACCUACGUUAUUCGAAAAUUUGUUUGGCCUGAAAACCCAGAAACCUGCCCCCAGCAGAAUACUUCCUUCAUAGCCAACGACCAUGAGCAAACCCAAACAUGACGUGACGGGGCUUUAUAAUUUUGUAAGCUUAGUCAGAUAUUGUUUGUCACUACUGAAAAAGAUCUUAGCUUAUUUGCCAUUGAUUUCUUCCGUACUUGUAUGUGAAAAUUAAAUAGAAAUCAUUACACUCUGUCCUUUCAAGCCCCAAUCGAGUUCCAUUGUCAUUCUUAGGGAUGUAAAUUGGUGCUAAUUAACUCCAUUUAUAUGUUUAUUAUAAUAAAAAUUUAAAAGAAAAUCUUGUACUUCAUU